GAUAUUAAAAAUGAGCUGGUUUCGAUUUAUGAUGCUUUUCUUGGCAGUCUGGGUUCAGGAAAUCUGAACCACAACUUGACCAAAUACAACCCUUGCUGCACAACAAGUGGAGACUUAUAAAUUUACUAUGAGUGGAUACAGUCGUGCUGAGAUUACAAAAGUGGUCAGAGACGAGUCCAGUGGGAAUAUUUAUUACUAUGGCAGAGUUUAUAACACAGAAAGGUCCUUGUUUAUGAAAUAUGAUGAAAAUAACACCCAGAUAUGGAGGAAAGUAUACCAAAAUAUUCCUUGUAGUUAUGCAUUUUGAGUAACCAGCGACGAGACUUACACUUAUUCCCUAAGUUUUUCAACAAAUCGCUUGAAAAUUUUUCAGCAAAAUGCUACUGAUGGCCAAAUUUCUGGAGGAAAAGAAACAACUGCUUAUUUUACAACAGAUGAAAGUAAGAUAACCACUUCUCUGACUGACGAGACUGUGUAUAUCUCGGUCCUCGAAGUUGGGACCAAUGACCCAGCUGUGUGCAGGUGGACCAUCACUUCUGCAGACCUUCAGUGAGUUAUUUACCCUGGCCACAACAUUGCUAAAGAAAUAAUUGGCUAUGAUAGUAGCCAAUUAAUCUUUGUGAUUGACGAUACCAAUGCAGCGAAGAAUCUCAAAAUUAAAUAAGAUUGAUUUCGAUAACAUUGCUGAUGUUACUGUAUGGGACCGGAAGAUAGAGUGCCCAACAGCCAGCUGCUCAGCAGCUGGGCUUUCUGCUGGGAAUACUAAUGAUACCACGACUAAAAUCGCCAUGAGCUUCAAUAAUCAGGUUAUUCUUACAGUUUUCAAUGUGACUGACGGAGCAUUUGUUGGAAAUCGAUCUAUAUUUAAUGAUACAGGAGCAGGAUGAACUGGAGUUAAUAGUAUCAGCAAAACAGGCACUGGCUUGUUCUUUGUACUUAAAUGCACGAAGCAGUACAUGAUGCAUUAUUACUAUAAUGCAGAAAGUUGGGGAACCCCAUUCGAAAUUGUAGACUCAAGUAUUACAUUUAAUUCAGUAGCUAAUGCAGGUCAGUUUUAUUAUCUCACUGGAGGAAUUGAUAUUUCUGGAGAUUUGCAUGGAUAUAUUAACAAAGGCCCUAGUAAUAGUAUGGCAGCAUUCACAUCCAUCAGUAGUGCAUCCACAUAUCCGUCACAGUUAGAUAAUGUUACUUAUCCAGUUGUAACAGAUACUGCAACUGUGGUUAGUUCUACCAAUACAACAAUGUCACAUACAACCCUUUUUACAGAGGAUUUAAGUGCUACUUAUACUCCUGAAGCAUCAUCCUCUAUCACAGAUGAAUCUUUUUGGUUAAAUACAUUUGGCAGCGACAUAGAUUCAGGAGCCACAAAAGUGUUUAAUAUCAGUUUGACCUGCUCUGUAGGGGGAUCUACUCCAAUGACUCAUACUGUGGUUCAAUAUUCAUCUCAGGCUUUGCCUCCUAGUGUUUCUCUGGAUGACAGCACUUAUCAGCUGACUAUGUCCUCUGAUAGCUUUACCAGUGCCCAUACUUAUAGAUUCGUAAUCGAAACAGUUAUUGGGGCAACUACUUAUACAAAGACCGUGAGGAUCAGUGUAAACAUUCCUGUUGUGACUACUAACCCUACCUCUACUACAAACUCCUCUAGUUCUGGAGAGCCUGCUGCGAAUGAGACUGAAACUCCUCAGGCGGUAAGCAUGACCAAAACUGUAACGCAGACUGCAGUUGGAGGAGGGAUUGCUCUUGGUGCGAUUUCAGGAGCUCUAAGCUCCUCUUCCCCUCACAACUUAUGGACACUGAUGAACCAAUUCCAGAUGUUUUUACUGCUGAAUUUGCUUGGUGCAAAUCUGCACCAAUACAUUAAGGAUUACCUUGCAGGUUUUGAAUUUGCUAACUUUAACUUAGAAUUUUUUUCGAUCCAAAAUAUCCAUUUUGUUAACGAUUUCUUCCAGUUCUUCAGUUGUAAGGAGUCUAACGAGGACUAUGAACUAGUAGGAUUUAACUACAAAUGUACACUGUUGAACAACUUCCAGUUGUUCCUGAUCUUCAUCCCUCUGGUUUUCUCCCACAUCUUCAUCAACAUUAUGGAUAAGCGAUAUGAAGGGAAAAACACCUUUUUGGGAAGAUUGUUCAUGAAGCUUUAUCAGUUAUGGAAUUUCGCAAUUUAUUUCCGGAUUAUACUGGAAGCUUACCUAUUUUUGUAUUUCUCAUCUCUUAAUGAGAUCUAUAUCUUCGAUGUCAGCCGCGAGGUGAAAGGCCUCUCCUUUGCAAUCUCCUUUUGUGUGCUACUCGGCCUACUAGCCCUAGUGAUGUUCAUAUUCUGGGUUUCUUUCAAAGCAUCAGACCCCAAAUUCAUAGUUGAGAUUUCAAAAUGUAGUGAACUUUUCUUGGGUACCAAGCAAGGGAUCUACGCCAGACUGUUCCAGUUUGUUUUCAUCCUGAGAAGAAUCCUCAGUGCUUCGUGGAUAGUGUUCUCCAAUAGGCUGGUCAUUGAGGCCAGAAUCUGAGUCUUUUUGAUAAUUCAGGUAUUCUCCUUUGGAUAUGUGGUGGUAAUUCGGCCUUUUGAUGGUGUUAAAGAAAACAUCAUCGAGGCCUUACAUGAUGGUAUCUACUGCUGUGUUUGUGUGUUUCUGAUUCAUUAUAACUCUUCCUCAAGAUGGACUGACUCUGCAGGAACAACUGUCGUUACAGUUUUAACAGUAAAUGGUAUUUUAAUUCUGAUUAUCCAAAUAAUCGCUAUAAUCCUGACCUGAAUGCUAAAGUGUAAACCCAAGAAGAGAGAACAAGUAAAUUCAAGAGUUGCUCCUUGUAAGGUUUCUGAUAAUAGCAGACUUGACUCCAUCCAGGAGUUCAACAUGAAAAAGGGAUCAUCUGCGAACACCCUAGUUAUUUCAAAUGAUCAGAAAGAUAUGAAGGACUGUUCCUCGAUCAACUCUCAAGGAGUUUCCAGGAUUGACAACUACAUGAGAGAGCUUCAGGACGAAAUGCCAGGACUUGAAAUAGAAGAGAGUAAAGAAAUCCAAUCAAAAGAGUAAAUUUAGGUUUAAGUGCAGAUUU